AUGCAGAAACCCAUCAUGAUUGUUGGAACAAGCGCGCCGCACCGCCACGAGAUUGCGCAGCGCCACUUUGGAGCCACCUACGACCUGGUGUACCUAUCACCUGACAUAGACGAGAAACAAAUCCGCGAUUCGGAUCCUUUCACCCUGACGCGUGCGAUUGCGCAAGCGAAAAUGGACGAGCUUCGAGCCAAGGUGGCUCGUGACGCGGCGCUGCAGGACCGUAUUGCUCAGCGGCCGGGCAGCGUCGCUGUAACCUUUGACCAGGUUGUCAACUACCACGGCGAGAUUCGCGAAAAGCCCGAGUCUAAACAGCAAGCUGCUGCCUUCAUUCACUCGUACUCGAGCGACAAUCUGGGCACAAUCAUGACGACCGUCCUGUACGAUUUUGGGACAGGGAGGCAGGUAUCGAUGCCCAACACAACCCUCACAUUUUACGGUGAAAUCCCGGAUGAGACAGUGGCGCGCAUUGUCGAGCGCGGUGCUUGUCUGCACACCGCAGGCGGCUUUGUGGUGGAGGAUGUGGACAUGAAACGGUGCGAGAUCAAGAUAGACCCUGGGACUGAGGAGGAAGUCUGCGGCUUUUGCGAGAAGUCUGUUCGUGCUCUAUUGGAGGACGUCCACAGGUCGUGGGUGCCAGGUGACAGCUGCAGCGGUGGAAAAGAGUGA